UCAUAUAUUGUAAGUCUGAACCGGCAUUUACUAAAUAUUCUGCCUUCAAUCUAACCGCAGUGCAACGAAAGCUUACAUCUAUUCAGCAUCUGUCAAUCUGACCUCUGUAUCCUUCACAAAUCCAACGCACGACGCAGAGCUCUAAGGAUGAAGAUUGAAAACAGCCUGCCCUGCUCUCAACUCCCUGAGGCCCCUCCUCAGACCGGGCUGCAUUUUACAGUGGCGACGGAGGAGGACUUUGAUGACAUCAUGGCCAUGAGCAAGGAUAUCUAUGGCGGCCUGGACUAUCUGCCCUCCCGCUAUCAAGCCUGGCUGCAAGAGAGCAACCGCACUGUCAUUUUGGCUCGCAAGCAAGGCAAAGUGAUUGCACUGGAGUCAGUGUGUGUUAUCGAUGAUGGCGAGACCAUGCUGGUGGAAGGGCUUCGUGUUGCCCCACAGGAGAGGGGGAAAGGUGUGGCAGGGGUACUUCUUCGCUUGUGCUCCCAACUGGUUAAGUCCAAGUACCCCGACGUUAAAGUCAGCAGACUGACAAGAGAUGACCAACUGGGGCCAAAAGACUUCCAGAAGUACCGGCUCAUCACCAAACAGGGAAUCCUUCUGGUGCGCUUCCGUGCCGAAGACCUUAAAUUACGCCUUGCUGAUCUUGGGCCUAAUAUCACUGUAGCUGGGGAGGGUCUGUCCACCACAAACAUCCCGGUCCGUUUGGAGCCAGCAGAGGUGCAUCAGCUCUUCCUAAGCGAUGUUCUAAUGCAGGGUGUCCUUCCCAAUGCCACCAUCGUUCAAGAUUGGCAGCCCUUCAAGCCUCUGCCUAGCAACAUGGCCAUCCUGCUGAAGAAGGACAUUGAUUGGAUGGUUGACGAUGCCAGGCGCCCAACCAUGGCCAGCUUGUGCACCUUCCCGUUCCGUGUGCCAAUCGGUGAUGACUGGUACUAUCUCAACAUCGACAUGUUUGGUAAAGACCUGACGCUGGCCAUACAACAGCUGCUGUGCCACCUGAGGUGCCACACUGGCACUCUGAAGGGUUACGUCAUGUGUCAGGUGUUCCUGGAGCCUGCGCUGUGGAAGCCCAUGGCUGAUUUCUUUAGGGAGUCCCUUAAAGUGGAGCUGGUGAAGGAGUACACAGAGCAGUGCGUCGUGGAGUCUGAUGUCGUUUAGUCGAGGAGCCUCAGAAACACCUUCCCUUAAAAUUAGACACCAAACCUAUAUUAAAGAGAGGAAAUUUAACAUCUCCCUCAAACAUGGCACCUAAAAGAAAAAACACCUUAUAUAUCUACUCUAAAGGGACGAAAAAACUUCAUCUCUAUUCCGCUUAAUAAAAACGCUCUCAUAGGAUUUAAUUUAUUUUAACAACAACUAAUUCAAAUAAAAUGCAUGUAAGCGAACAAACUAGAAUAAAUGUAGUAGACGCUUGUUUAGGUUAUUUAAUUUAUUUCCAUAUGCAGUGCUGUAAACAGUGGCGCUGUGACAGGACAGGGACUGGAAAAGAGGGAAGCAGUUUUAGAUGAUAUAAAAUAGGGACCCAAAUUGUUCCAGGCCCUUUCAUUUGUUGGCAUCGCUGACAGUGAAAGCAUAUUUACUCAUGCUGAGUUGAAAAGAAAACUGCACAAUCUUUAGGGCACUUUAUGAAAAAAAAAAAAAAAGCGAUCUCACUUUAGUGUCUGUUGCUUUUUCAGAAUGUGGCACUGUAGCUGCUAGAGUGUUUAGAGGAAAAAUAAACAACAUUUCUGGGACUUUAUGACAGGCUGCCCAUAUGGAGAUCGAAAUGGUCUUCAAAGGGAAUUUUAAUUAACUUGAAAAUACUAAAAAUGUCCACAUGGGGUAAAUGUAAUUUCAGACUGAACACCUUUCUAAUACGCUCCUCGAAAAAUUAGUAACUCUUCCUCUAAAGGUACUUUGCAGUGCUUUAAACUCGGGAUCAAAUUAUAAAUGUCUGGCUAAGAACUUGCUUAUACAUUUAGAUUACAGUCUCAAGUUUUUGCUUUAAGUACUUGAACCUGUUUGCUAAAAUGACGUUCUAUCAGUAUUUGUACCUAACUGUAGAAGUGCAAUUUCAAUAAUACACUGGAAUAUUGCUAGAAGUACAUUGAGUUAGAUAUGAUUAAUAACCAAUAAUGAAACAGACAUGUACAAUUGUUUUAGAUUUAUCAUUUGAUUUUUAUUUUAGUUCUAAAAUAAUUAUAAAUGGACUAUUUGGCAGGAUCACAUCUAAAUACAAAAGACAGGAAAUAUAAGUGUAUAUACAUAUACAAAAAUAAAUGUUUAAAUAAAUGUUCUUGUAGUUCAUUAAAAAAAUGUUUGUUUUAAUUUAAUUGAUACAUCACUAUGUAGUGAUUUUGUUACAUCGUAUACUUAUGAUUCAGAAGAAACGUGAUCUUAAGGAAAUUUGUCCAAAUUAGGUGCUCCAAUAAAAAAAAUAAAUAAAUAAUGAUCAUCUCUGAAAAUCUUACGCUGGCUCUUGUGAUUCACCCACGGAAUCGGGAAAACAAAUGAGGACAAUUGGAAACCUGAGCAAAACAAGUUACAACUGCUCAUCUCUAUGAAGAGUUUUUGAAGUUUUUUAAUAGAUUUUUUGAAGUUGAAAGACAGACACAAUUUAUCAGAGGAGAAGAAUGGAUAAAAUCAUAUAGGACACGUCAUCUCCUUCUAUUGGCCUGAAGUGAAGAAAGUAAAGUGAGGUAUUACCAACAUGGAAAAAGAAGAACAGAAAAAGCCUUUAGACAUCCUCAGAACCAUAUUUAGUUCCUUUGCCCCAAACCCAGAUUGCAGCGUGCUUUUCCCUGAAGCACUGUGGCAGAAUGAGAUUCAAAUUCGGUUAAUUUAUGGCUUAAUAUAUACAUAUGAAAAUAUAUAAUGUAAUAUAACUCAUAGUUUAAGCACUCAGAGUCCACCCACAAUUUGUUAGACAGAUUUGAAUCCAAAUCUGUAUCCACUAAACUAAAGCCAAUAAUUUCUUUAUUCUUUUGACUAAUUAUGUGUCUAGUUUGACUUCAUUUGGUGGACUUAUUUUGUGCCCUUGUAUGAACUCUCAACAUCCACUGACGAAAAGGAGGCCUCCGCUCCUCCUUCAUUUGGACAGCUGCAUGUGGGACUUGUAUUGCGGUCAGUAUUUAUAAAUGGCAAACAGGCAGUCUUUUUUGAUUCUGAAAGUCAAGGCAUUUUACAGAUUAUUAACUGUAAUUCCAAUGACAGUUUAUUGCAUUUGUAUAGGUGUACAUAUAUAUAAAUUUAUAUGUUCGUUUGGAAGGGGGGGUGAUUUGAAAAGGGAAUCUUGGUUCAAGUUCUUUUAUGGCUGAAAUCUCGAAAUCCUUAAUGUCUGCUACAAGCUUUCAGAGGAAAUCGGUUUCAAACUAGACAAAAGAAACAUUAAUGCUUCAGUUUCCCAUGAAAAUGACAUCUUCUCAAUUGAAAUACAGGCCUUCAAAAAGCUACAAAUGAUGUUAGAGUCAAGAGAUGCUAUUUUUAAUUUGCCUCUAAAGCACUCGUCAAAAUGCGACAUGAUGGAUUAGAGACCCAAAAUGUGUUUGGUAUGUGUUUUCUGUUGUACAUAGCACAGUGCAUUUAGAUUUAAGUGUUAUGUAUUAUGUCGGUUUACCUUAGAGGUGGCAGGUUCCCUAGGUACACUAGCCUCUAUAUUUAGCUGUUACUUUCUUUUGUGUGACAUUUGGUAAUCCAGUAAUCUUUUAAGACUUUAUCUCUUUUAUUUAUUGUUUCUAUCUUUCAGCUCCGCCUUUUAGCACUUUGGAUAUCUAAUUGCCUUUCUGAGUAUUUGUGAAUUGUGCAGGAGGUUGUAACUCUAUAUUUUACACAGGUCCUAGUGCCAGGUCCACGAGACUAUAAAAGGUUAGAGGCAUGUGACCGCCUGAUGGUGGAGUGAUGUAAAGGAUACGUUGCCCCUUGUUUCGCUGGCACGCGAGGAGCGAACUUUAAACCCAUUUCUUUGAAUUAUGAAGUGGCUUUUCACUUUCUUUUUAUGGAAUGGAAAAAUAAGACAGGUUGCAGAGGGAGAUGAGAGAUGAAGCCGGGGCUAUACUAGGAAUAGGUGGCGAGGAAAGGACAUGUGAUCCAGAUAGUGUUCCCACUCUAAAAAUGAGUAAAUGUUCAUUUUGUAUUGUAAAGACGACAACAGUUAAGACAUGGAAUUAUUUGGAGCGCUGUAUUUGUGACAAAAAAGGGAAAUUGUCUUUAGCAAGAGAGGCCUUGUAUUGGUAAUUAGCCUCAACCCACUAUUUAGGAGGACAACAGAGAUAGACCAGCCCAGAGCAGGAUAUCUGUACUAUCAGACUCAGCACUUAAGUAAUACCUUGAGUGCUAAGUCAUACGAAAGCAAAUAUAUACUCAGACACUUGUUAUCCUGUGUGACUGUGGGCCAGUUAAAGUUUCAGGGCUCGUCUCUGAGUAAGUGAAACUGGAUCUCGAGAGUGUCAUCUUGCUUAGAACAAGGGUUCAUCCCAGACUCCCUUUACCUUCCACCUGAUCCCCGUCGGCUUGACACAUGGAAAGAGUGAGCAGGAGAGGUUAAAAUAAGAAGGCUGGGUUCCAGCCUUGCCCUUUGCCACGCUGCUCUGUACCUAUUCCUGAUUUUUACGUUAUUUCAUGGUGGCAUCUUUUGUUUUUCCAUUUUCCUGACUGCUUUGUAAUGUUUAUGAAGGGCUUUAUGUGUAUUCGAAUCAGCUGUGUAUUGUAUGUUUUGUGAACGAGGGGAAAACCACCAGGGAGAUUUGUUUUCUUUACUCCAAGUCACUAUUCGAACGUUAAAAAAGCUUAACUGAAAGCCUUAUCUAGGUGAUAUCAGUUAAAUUGCUGAUUUGCACUAUCAGAGCUUCAACUCUCUGCUUCUCCCUAUGUUGUUUUCCAUAGAAAAAAAACAUAUUGUGUCUAUACACAGAUGCUUCUGAAAUGGCUAAAUCACACAGGUAUUUUCACCUGUGGUGCACUAAGCUAUUUUGUUACAUUCAAUCUACAAAUCUAAUGCAGUAUUUGGAGGUAAAAUUCAACUAGAUCCCAGUGCAAAUUGUGUUUUAUCUCACGCCAUGUCAGAAUCAUCCAACUCCGAUUGGAUUAACCAUUCAUCUAGCUGUUCUGAUGUGAUGCACUUUAUACUGUAGAUAUGUAGAUAUUCCAAAGCACAGUGGGGAUCUUCAUAAAACAUCAGUGUGGGUUGCUGUAACAGUCAUGGUCAUUCAGUGGAUCGCGCUAUAUAUUUUUUUGUAAUCGGAAUAGGAGCGUGGGCCUGUCUGCGUAACGCUUUUAAAUUCAAGGAUAUUUUUAUUGGUGUGCUCCUGACUUUAUAGACGUUAAUAAAGCUCCUACUUAAUGACCAUUGUCUGAAUAAGCCUCACUGUACCUGUCUGAAACCGCUGAUGGACAUAUUUAUUUACCACUAUCAGCAAAGCAGGGACCAUGAUUUUUACAGACCUCAAGAAGGUGGUGGUUUGAAUGUCCAUGUCAUCCAUUCUCUUGAUGCAGCAGUGGCUGUUGAGUUUGUUUUCACUCGAGUCUUCCCAUUAGCCCUAGAUACAAACUGGGUGUCAUGUUUUGUGUUUGUGCAGAAUAUUUGAAAAUCUCCUAUGAUGGGAAACUAAUGCUUGUAAAUGAGAUUUUAAAAAA